AUGAUUAGCACAUCCACUUCCACACCAACAACAGGAGGUGUUGGACAUUCACAAAAUGCGUCGUUCUCGGAACAACGUCACUGGUUUAAGUUGGAGGCAAAUGAAGAAAGAGUUUGGUGUUGGGAAAUUUUGCAACAGCCAACCUUGCCAUCGUCGGAGAACAACAGCAGCAUGAUUUAUGGAAAUGCAGUUUCAAAUAUUGUACAGCGCGAAGAAGAUGUAAUCAUCAUCAGUGACGAUGGCUUGGUGUUUAAAUCUGACAAUUCAUUUACCAACAAUCAACAAAUGCCACAACUAAAUUCGUACUACAUUAAAAAAGCAGACCUGUGUAAGAUAAUUGAGGGUAAUACUAAUAACGCCAUUUUACUGCUCACGGGCGACGGAAAGUUGUUAAAAUUCAUACGAGAUCAUGACAUGAAUAGUACUUCUCAAAAGCAAAUAGUAAUACAUGACGAAGACAGUGGAGAGCGAACAGUGACGACAAGAGAGUCAACAAGACCCAUCACAAAUAUUCAAUACAAACUGUAUGGAAUUGAGCAUUUCUAUUAUAAUGAGGGUAAAGCCACGUCUGAAGUUGUGGUGAAGGACAUUGACUUUGGAAUGCAUCACGGUAUUGUACUCACGGAGGAUGGAAAAUGUUUUUCAUUUGGAUUCAACUAUUAUGGAUGUCUAGGUCAUGAUUAUUACACCAAAAUAGUGGACACUAGCACUCAAUCAGAAACUGUGAGCUAUUCUGAACGACCUUACUUCAUUCAGACCCUCUCCAAAUUUGUUGUGAAACAAGUAUGUGCUGGAGAUUAUCACACUAUUUGUGUGACUGAAGACGGAAGAGUUUUCAGUUUUGGGUUGAACCAGCAUGGACAGCUUGGUACAGGAGACACCAUUGACAGAUACUAUGCUUCUCCAGUCACAAAGUUAAUGAAGCAAAAAAUCGAGAAGGUGAGCUGUGGAUCACAAUUUUCACUUGUGCUUUCUGAGGAGGGACAGGUCUUUGGAUUUGGAUCGCCUAAAUAUAUCUGCCAAACGAACGAAGAAUGUAGCAGUCCAACUCUAUUGGCUUUGUUCGAUAAUAUUCCAAUUGAUGACAUUCGUAGUGGAUCUUAUUACUCCAUUGCCAUCUCAAGAAAUAAGGACAUUUUUUUAUGGGGAGAAUACAUUCAAGGAAAAGUUUUACUACAACCCGUUACACUUAAUCGAAUACUACCAACUGACCAGACGUUGUCUGCACUUUCUUGCUCGAGCACAUUUCUAUUUUUCUCAACCUCUAACACACUUUCUAAAAAAGAUAUUUUACUUAACAAUAUCAAGGAUUUAGAAAUGAACGUAAAAAAAGAAGCUCUUAUUCUGAAAGAGAGAACCCAACAUUUGAUUACAAUAACAAAAGAGCUUGAAAAAUAUUCGGAGGAAUCUAAAGAGUCAAUAGUGUCAUUGUCCAUGAGUUACAUGAAUCUUGUCAACAGCAGAAGUGACAACGCAUUUACACUUUUACUGAACAAGAGCAAAGAAAUCUACAAUUCUCUCAUCUACUUCAGCGGAGAUAUGACAGAGAUUAAUGCAUCUUUGAGUGUGUUAAAUGUUCAAAUCAAAGAGUGGAACAAGCAAAAACACGAGCUGUCACUCACACUCUCGGCCUUAAUGAACAAGUAUAAUUCCGUUUUUUCAACGUCAGGUAGCCAGUCAGAAGCCGAAAAGACUGUGAGAAGCUCUCUAAAUACCAUAUUUAAGCAUAACACCUCCUCUGCUGAUAAGGAAGCUCUAACGCAAUCUCUUGACAAAAUUUAUACUUUUCGAGAGGUGAUACAAGAACAGUCGAACACUGCUAACGUUAUUGAGGAAGCUCUAAAUAAUGAACUUACUGAGGAAGAUCUUGAUUUUGAUCAAUUUGACAAAGAAAUUGAAAUGCAUGCAAAUAACUACAAUUCGGAGAGCAUUGGCGAUGUGUUAGAGUCGUACGAGCAAGACUUCUUUUUGUGUAUUGAUGAUUUUACGUCGAGAGCAGAAGAAAAGUUGAAUGUAAUUGGCAAAAAGACCGAUCGAGUAUUUGGCAAGACAAGCAUGCUUAGUAACCAUUUGAAAAACACAAGCUCCAUUGUUACUGAUAUCCUUUCUCUCGUUGGAAAAGAAAGUGACGAGAGAAUGGUAGAUAAUUUAAAGCAAAUUCUAGACUCAGUUUAUUUAUUUCAACUAGAAGCAAAACAAAAAACCAAAGAAAACGAGUUUCUUAAAUCGGAGCUCGAAAAGUCAAGAAAGUUAGUGGGAAGUAUUGAGCUCAAAAACAACGACUUGCAAGCUCAUAUCGAUGAACAAUCGAAGGGACAGUCAGAGCUUUUAAAGCAAAUUACCUUGUUAACAAAACAAGUACAGACUUUAUCUUCACCUAAAGAGCAACCUCUGAACAAUUCUGACUCUUUCUUACAGUCAAGAAUUGAAAAAUUAGAGGAAACCAAAGAAAAUCUUCACACUGAACUAAGUGCAAAAAACAAUGAAAUUAGAGAAUUGGAAAAAAAGAUCAGUAAUAUGGAGCUUAAAUUUAACCAGGAACGUUGGGAGAAAGAGACCUUGUUAGAGGAUAAGACAAGAAUACAAACGACUUUAAAUAACAUGUCAGACCAGCUGUCCCAGGUGGAAACAGACAAUUUAAAGCAACUCGACGAAAUCUUAUCGUUAAAGACGCUCAUAUCGAAUCUCAAAGGAGGAAUUGAAAAUUUGCUAUUCCAAAUUUCAGGUGAAUUGAAAAAGUUCCAAAUUGAAUUACCUCUCACUGAAUCUGGAUCAAGCAUUGAAGAUUUAUUUGUUAGUUUGAAACAACAUACAAGAUCUCUGAUAGACUUUACUGAACAAUCGUUGGGCGAAAAGGAAAUUUUACGUAAAGAAUUGUACCUUCAACUCUCCAACAGCUAUGGAAAGCAAAAAGAAAAGACAGAGAUGAAAUCCAAAGAAAACAAAGAUUUGAAUGACAAGCUUCUUUGGUUACAGGCUCAAUUGUCGAUUAAGGACUCUGAAAUUAAUAGCCUCAAAACAAAUUUAGAGUCAAUUCAUACAGCAUGUGAAACUUAUGAGGAAAACUACAAACAAAUGGAAAUGAAAUAUUUGCAUGAGAAAGAGGAACGUCAAAAGAGUAAGCAACUCAUCGACGAUCUAAAAGAAAAACUAAGAAUAUGCUCUCUCGAAUAUAUGGAUAUGAGAAGUGCAUGCGAGACCUUAACCUGUGAUUUAGCCGAAGCCAAGCAAGAACAUGAAUUUUUACUGGGAGAACUCGACGUCUAUGUCAAACAGAUGAAAGAGAGAACAGACAUUUCUUACCUGUUGGCUUCAGAACUGGAUCGGCAGAUGAUUCAAAAAGCAACUAUAUUCAAGUUGUUUUCAGACUCUAAGAAGGUGAUUCACGAGAUGAAUCAUCUUCUAACAAGUAGACCUUCAGAAGAGGAAUCCAGUCAAACACUUACAAACGUUCGUAUACUCGAGGAGCUUUUUGAAUCCUAUCCCAACACACAAGCUUCAGAAAAAACGGAAAUCUCAAUUCUCUCGCAUUGUGAAGACAUGGAUACACUUUCAGAGUAUUUGCGACAACAUGUCGGCUCGUAUUCCAUGGUGGAAGCCUUCUCAACAUCGAACGAAGUUUUAAAAGAAACUCAAACCAAACUCUCUUCAUUCAUAUCGAGUACGCAAACAUAUAUUCAUGAUUUAGAGAAGGACAUUGGUGUCAUGAGAAACACAUUACAGGACAUUCUCAAUCAUAUUGUCUGUGCUACAAACAUGAGCAAUACGACUACAGCAAGCAUAUUGCAACAAGCAUCAUCACCCCAUUCGACAAGCAGUGGUGGCGCCGUUGGUGGAAAUGUGCUUCGACCCUGA